AUGAACCCUCUAGUUGCUGUUUGUUUGGGAUCGAACGUUGUUAUCAAGUUGCUAUCGUCUUUACUACAAGUAACUAAUAAAGAAGAUCUUACUAAGUAUCAUGUGUAUUUUGAUAAUUUUUUCACCAAUCCAGAUCUUAUGUUACAUUUGGAAAAAAUUGGAUUAUCAGCAACUGGGACGAUCAGACAAAACCUCGUCAAAGAAAAAGUUGAAAUGCCAAAAAAAGCUGAGUGGGGAACAACUAUCGCUCUCAACGAUCAAAAUUCCAAACUGAAUUAUAUAACUGUGAUGGAUCCAAACCUGUAUCAAUGUUAUCAACAAAAUUUGGGGAUGAACCGAAAAUGGAAGUGCAGCGAUGCUGUCCAAAGAGGCCGAGUACCACAAAAUCAGCACGGUACGCAAGGUUUAGUAGGAUCAUUUCCUUCUAUAAACGACGAAUCAGUAACAUGUGUAAAUCGAGAUACGCAUCCAUAUCUAUCUUCUUAUGUAAACUUAUUACUGAGAGCAGAACCAUAUACAACUUCAAGAUAUAAUCAAAAUUUACAAACAUAUAAUGUAAUUGGAAUCGAAAAUAUUUGUGAGGUAGCAGCACGACUUUUGUUUUCAGCAGUGGAAUGGGCCAAAAAUAUUCCCUUUUUUCCAGAUCUUCAGAUUACUGACCAAGUAGCAUUAUUAAGACUAGUAUGGAGUGAGCUAUUUGUACUUAAUGCAAGUCAGUGUUCUAUGCCUUUGCAAGUGGCAUCUCUCCUGGCAGCUGCUGGACUUCAUGCUUCACCAAUGACUGCAGAUAAAGUAGUUGCAUUUAUGGACAAUAUUAGAAUUUUUCAAGAACAAGUUGAGAAGCUUAAAAAUUUGCAUGUAGAUACAGCAGAAUAUAGUUGCCUUAAAGCUAUUGUUUUAUUUACAACAGAUGCAUGUGGUUUGUCGGAUAUCACUCAUAUAGAAUCUUUACAAGAAAAAUCGCAAUGUGCGCUAGAAGAAUAUUGUCGGUCUCAAUAUCCAAACCAACCAACAAGAUUCGGAAAACUUUUAUUAAGAUUGCCAUCCCUGCGAAUUGUUUCGUCGCAAGUUAUUGAACAAUUAUUUUUUGUAAGGCUUGUCGGUAAAACUCCAAUAGAAACACUAAUAAGAGAUAUGCUCCUAAGUGGUAGUAGCUUCAAUUGGCCAUACACAUCAUUAAUUUGACAAAUAAUAUUUAAAAUUACUUGAAUCAGAGUUAUUAUUAGCAACAUAUGGUAUACAUGUAUAUA